CCAUCCACCCACCCUUCACGCCUCCGCACCCACGCAACCGUGACAACUCCGACAGGCACCUACGAUUUGAUAUUCCCGCGUAUAAUGGCACCUGACAUACGCGCGUCCGCCGACCUCCCACGCCCAAUGUUCCGGUUCCAGCCCAGGCGCACCACCGGCUCCCCACCCUCACCCAAACCUCCGAUCCGAGCCGCCCAAGUGCGGGUCCCUGAUCUGGCGUCCCGGUGCUGACACCGACGACCGACGUCAGUUGGAUCGUCGCCAGCCUGUAUAAAUAAACGGCGGUCCCGUGGUAGGUCGGAUUGCUAGUUCAACGUCCCGCCGCGCACGCAUAUCGCUCUCAUCGAACGCAGCGUCGAACCAGUGCAGAUUUCCCACGGUGUGUCACGGUUGUCCUUGUCAGUAUAACAGUCGUAGAUUGAUCAGAGUGUUGGAAGAUGGCGGCUCCGGGAGGCAAGUUCUUCAUACAGGAGAAGCUGGGCGUCAAGGCCGCGCAUCAUGAGAACUACAAGCAGCUGUGGGAGACCAAGUGGAAGGAGCCGGCGGAAAUGGGCGUGUAUCCCUUCAUGUUCGGCACGGCAUCCGACUUCGAACCCGUCGUCGCGGAGAUGGCCGCGCGCGACAUGAAAGAGCCAUAUAACUGGGACGAGUACGCGAAGAUAUACUUCCCGCAGGCGGAGAAGUUGAAGGGCGUUGCGCAGGAGGCGGAGAGCAAGGGCGAGACGGAGAAGGCGAGCGAGUAUUACUUGCGGAGCAGCGCGGUGUAUAGGAUCUCGAGGUUUCCCGCGCCGAGGAGUGAGGUGCAGAGAGAGGCGUGGAAGCUGGGGAAGGAGUGCGCGUUGAAGGGGCUAGGUCUUCGACCGCAUCCCGUCAGCGAAGUUAUGAUCCCGCAUACCCACCGCCUGCCCCACGAGGGCUCGCACAUCCCUAUCUAUUACAUGCUCCCUUCCUCUACCACCAAAGAUACCCCCGUCCCCACCAUCAUCAUCUUCACCGGCCUUGACGGCUACCGCACCGAGCUCGCCGUCUGGAUGGAAGGCUGGCGUCAGAACGGCGUUGCAACCAUCGUCCUCGAGAUCCCCGGCACAGGCGACUGUCCCGCCGAUGCCUCAGACCUCAAGUCGCCCGACCGACUCUAUACCUCGUUGUUCGACUGGAUCGGGCAGCAGGACGGCAUCGACCAGAAGAAGGUGGGCAUAUGGGCGUUCAGCACGGGAGGCUACUACGCCAUCCGCGUUGCGCACACGCAUGCCGACAAGCUGGCGGGCGUGGUCGCGCUGGGAGGCGGCUGCCACCACAUGUUCGACCGCGAGUGGCUGGACAACGUAAACCACCUCGAGUACCCGUUCGAUCUCGCGAACACGCUGGCGUACAAGUGGGGCUACGGCGAUGACGUCGAGCGUUUCAAGGAUGAGGCAGCGGAUAAGUUCUCUCUGCUCAACGACGGGACGCUGGACCGGCCGACCUGCGCGCGCUUACUGCUUGUCAAUGGCACCGAAGAUGAGAUCUUCCCGAUUGACGACUAUUACCUUGCGCUGCAGCAUGGGGCGCCAAAGGAGGCACGGUUCGUACAAGGCGUCAAGCACAUGGGCGAGCCGAUGAGCUUCUUCAUCAUCUUCAACUGGUUUUAUAAGCUUUUUGGUAUCGAGGCGGAUCCGGUCAAGCAGCUUCAGACUUUGCCGUUCAAGCCAAAGUAUUGAUUGAAGCGGUUUUUGCUUUGUUGUGAAAAGCAUUUGCAGCGUAACUUUCGAUCGAGCGUUUAGCAAGGCAAACAUGCAUUACACAUUACAUCUUAUGUCUAGUGCAACAAUCAACGACGCUGCGUAUGCCUUUCUGGCCGCAACCUUAGGCCCGAGGAGGGAUCUGAGAGGGUGCAAGGC